AUGGCGGACGGCGGCAGCAGUCAAAAUCUUGUCCUUGUAACUGCAAACAUUGAUGGUACCACUUACACUGCCUUAAUGAGUGAGGAGCUAGCAGAACUGUACAGGUACAGGUGUGAUCCAAAGACUAGAAAUGUUUUAGCAGAUGCCAUAAGAGCUCAGAAUACUGGGAGUGAAACACCAUGUACCAGUAAUGAAAUGCCAUGUACCAGUUAUGAAAGGCCAUGUAAUGAAAGUCCUGUUGAAAACGAAUCACCAUGCAGCUCUUCAAGGUCAAGUUUUUCCACACCAGAGUCUACCAGUGCCUCAUCAUCAACAAAUUCAACAUCAGAUCAGUCUAUUCAUAUUUGGACGAAUGCAGAAGAAAAACGACUAAUAGACUGCCGGUUAUCAAAAGAGGAAGAUUUUUGCAGUAACAAGUCGCACGACUCCUUGUGGCAAGCUAUUACAAAGGAGUUGAAUGGUGAGGGGAUGAAAUUGACAAAACAGCAGAUAAUUAACAAGUGGAAAAGUUUAAAGAAAAAAUAUAAAGAAAUAAAUGACCACAACUCAAAAACAGGAGCAGAUCGUAUGGACUGGAAAUAUAAAGAAGCAUUUGAUGGGGCAUAUUGGAAUAAGGCAUCUACAAAACUAAGUGCAUCUUUUGACACAGGUCGACUAAAGGAGUCAACAAAAAGUGAUGAGAGUUUGAAAAGAAAACUUGAAAAGGGAGAUAAGAAAGAAACAGUGGAGACAAAAGCUGAAUUGCCAAAAAAGAAGAAGAUCAGAUCUAAUUUGAAAAGCGAUUAA